UGGAUCCAUCGAUGCGAACAACGAUUCUGAGCUUUUGAUGGUAGCUUUCAGCUCCAACUAUAAUCACUCUUUCCACGACCAAUUAAUUAGUACCAGUGUCGUCAAGAACAGUUGCUGUAAUAACAGCGGGCCUGACAACUACAAAAAGCUCCUCCCCGAAAUCGCAACCAUGCCUGGCGGCGCACCGCCCAAGCCUCCGCCCUCGGGCGCCAUGUCCCUCUACGCGAACCUGCUCGACCCAAAGGCCGCCGCGGGCGACUCUACCGCACCCAACGCUCGCGCGCAGGCCAAGACUGGCGAUGAGGCCGGCGGUGACAAGAAACCCUUGGAUCCAGGUACAUCCUAGAGCAGAAAGCCAUGCACCCGCACAAUAUUGAGGGUCGCCCUCCUCGUUCUCUUCUUGUCUGGGAGACACCAUGUUAAUUUUGCGAAAAUGAAAUUAAAACCUGUUCGCCUCUUCAAGCCAUGCUCCGCUUCCAGCCCAUGCGCCGACCCCAGCCAGGUCAAAAACCCAAGCCCAAAGGGGCUUUUCUCAAAAUCGGGGCUAUCACUGCGCCUGCAACUACGACUCCGGCAGCAGCCACAGCUACACCCACAGUAGCGUCUUCCACUUCGGCAGAUCCAUCAGCCGCUUCGGCGCCGGUACAGCAACCACCUCGAAGCAAGUUGGCCGACUGGGCUGCAACCGAGGAUGACGAAUACGCCUACGGACUGGGCAAGAGGCACCGCGGUGGCCGCAAGGCGAAGAAGAAGAACAACCGCGAUGAUACGGACAGGGAAACCGACUGGGACGAGCUCUACGAUCCGGCGCGACCGACAAACGUAGAGGAGUAUCUACGUAGCGAUGAACGCAUUGCUGAGAUCAGGGAAUGGAAGGGCGUCUUGUACGCGCACCGUCGGCGCAGAGAACAAAACCGCAUCAGGUCUAGGUCCCGUGGUAGUCGUGGAAGUAGUAGCGGCUCCGAGGCUAGAGCUCCUCAUACGAACCAGUUUGCUCCCCCGCCGCAAUAUUCCUUUGUGCCUCCUCAACCAUCACCCCCUCGCGUCCAAAAACAGUCGGCUAUGACUGUCGUCGCUGACGACGCCACCGGUGAUGAUGCAUACGCGCGCCGUUUAGCCCUAUCCAAAGUCAAGGAAGUUGAGACGCCACCCCCACAACCUGACGCGGUCCCUGCUGCAACCAUAUCACGGGCGCCAGUUCGCUACGAGCCAACGCCUCUACCCAACGAGGAUGGUGAGGAUAUGGAUAUUGACGAGGACGAGGGUGAGCGCCCUGGCCUUGGCUCAGCCAAACCCAAAGACUCGGAUGAUGUGCGCUCUAAUCGGCCUGGCCAGGCUGGCUUUGCAGCGCGCAUGAUGGAGAAGAUGGGUUGGGAAAAGGGCAAGGGCCUCGGCGCUGAGGAAACAGGCAUCACCUCUGGCUUGAGCGUCAAAGUUGAGAAGCGUCGGAAGCGCCCCGACGCAGAAGGCGGUGGAUUUGCUAGCCCUGGAAACAUGGCUCGUGUUGUAGGCGGUAACCGUGGGGUUCAGGAUGUUGGCAAGUUUGGCUCCAUGAGCGAGGUUGUCGCUCUGGGUGGAAUGCUCGAGGGCAUGGAGGACGUUGCCGGCGAGGUUGCCGAGGGCUUGGCCCAAGAGAUUGGCGAAGAGUGUGGCGAGAAGUACGGUCGGGUCGAGAGGCUUUACGUCGACGUCAACACCAGGCAGGUGUUUAUCAAGUUUACAGACCAGGUCUCGGCUCUAAGGGCUGUUAACGCUCUGGAUGGUCGUAUAUUCAACGGUAACGAGGUCAGACCCAGGUUCUACGAUUUAGAAAGGUUUGAGCAGGGUGUUUAUCAUUGAUAGGAACAUCUUGAGCAUGGCUAUUCAGAAUCCGGGCCCGUGUCUACAGGGCUUUGUGUGUGCUAUUCUAACUCUUCAGCCGUACUUUUCUACCACAAUCACUCUAUUUCCUGGCGCUCAAAUCUGUGUAGUUAGGCUGGUUCUUCAAGUGCGUGCACUGUAUUAGGAUGAUGCCUGUUCAAUUCCUAGUGUUGACUUGAGUUGACAUGACGCGACAACCCGAAUCAUGUCCGUAAAGACGAACCAGGAAGAUUUGAGCUACGGGUAACUAGGUACCUACGAGGUGCAUGCGCAACAGUUCCGUACGCCUUAGUCACGAACAGUUAAUUAAUCACCCCCUACGUUUCAUGCUUUACUUUGGCCGACUAAGGCACACAAAUCAGUACAUUUGCCGUUCACCUAGAGUUUGCUACCAGAGCGCGCGGGAAAACAAAGUGACUACAAACACCUGUCUCUGUUGGUUUUGAUAUUAAAGUCCAAUGGAUCAUGGCAGUAGCAGGCUCCACUGAGAUUGUGUGACAGAGUGCCCAGAGAUAUUCCGAAAUACGAAAGACUGAAAGACGCGCGGGCAAACAAAAGACAAAAGAGUGCUUGAAGACAAAAAAAGGAGAAAACGCCACCAAAAUUCCAAGAUUCGACUUUACAAUUCUGUUGCGCCGCCCUCAAAUUUACACCGUCGCGGACCAGCAUAUGGCAACAUCAACAUUUUACAAGAACGAAGCUGCAGCACCUCCGAUGAUGGAGAGGCCGAGAAGAGCCAUGUUGAUCGUGGUGCCAGCAGCCGAGUUCUUGUUGUUGCCGCUGCUGCCUCCGCUGCCAGCAGUGAUGUCGUCGUUGGCCUUGGAGUUGUUGGACUCGCAGAUAACCUUGCCCUGGAUCUGGCCGUUGCUGCCAGCCUUCUUGAAGGUGUCGCAAGAGCUGCUGAUGUCGGUGGUGGAC